AUGUAUGCUCCCAAGGUUGGCGACUCAAUCGAUACUCUGGACACACCGUCCAUGAUUGCCGAUCUCGAUCUUGUCGAAGCCAACAUCGAGAAAUUAAUGGGAAGGCUCAUCCCAACUGGUCUCGAUAUUCGCCCGCAUCUCAAGACAACAAAGAGCGCGAAGCUGGCGCAUAGAUUGGUCAAGGCAGGGGCAAAGGGUGGCUGCGUGGCCAAAGUGAGCGAAGCAGAAGCCAUUGCAGACGCCGGAUUUGAUGACUUGUUCAUCACAUGCGAGGUUAUCGGUCCCGCCAAAGUCAAAAGGCUAGUGGACUUGUAUCGCAAGUAUCAGAAGAUCAGGAUCGUCGUGGACAGCAAUGUCGGAGCGACGGCAAUCAACGAUGCGUUGGCCAAGUCCGGCAUUGCCCAACCGAUCUCCGUCCUGAUUGACCUUGAUGUCGGGCUCCACCGCACCGGUGUUCUUCCUGGGGAGCCUGCCCUGAAUCUGGCACAGCAUAUCGGAGGCCUAAAGCAUUUGAAGCUCAUUGGCCUCCACGGCUACGAGGGCCAUCUUCAGCAUUUACACGAUUACGAAGAUCGGAAAAGCCAAUGUCUCGAGUCCAUGGCGACCCUCACGAACACCGCAGAUGUGCUGCGGAAAGCGGGCUUCAACAUUGAAGUGGUAACCACUGGAGGAACUGGAACGGCAGAAUUCUGUGCGACAGUCCCUGGUGUGACGGAGCUUCAGCCUGGGUCUUUUAUCUUUAUGGACACGGACUAUCGGAAUGCGGUUGGCACAUUCUACUCCAACAGCUUGACGAUUCUUUCGACGGUCCUGAGUCAACAGGGUCCAAAUUCUGUGACUAUUGAUAGCGGUUUGAAGUCAUUGACUACGGACAGCGGCUUGGCUGAAUGCAAGGAUCCGAGAUACUCCUAUGGUGUCCUUGGUGAUGAGCAUGGCUCACUCAGCUGGGAGGAAGGGACUCCAGCGCUUUCGGUCGGAGAUCGCGUGGAGAUGGUACCGAGUCAUAUUGACCCAACGGUCAACUUGCACGAUGUUUACUUUGCCCAUCGUGGGGGCAUCAUUGAAGAAAUUUGGCCGGUGGACUCCCGAGGCAAGGUUCAGUAG